CUAAGCAGUUAUCGUUAACUAGGCAUACGUAUUGCCAGUACAAACUAACCAGUAGAGACUGAACCCUUUUCAUUAUUACACGAUAAUUAGUAUUACUUGUGACAAUGUUAAAUAUCUCGUCAAUUUGCUAUUUUUCUUUAGCUCUUGUUGUUGUUUGUGCUCGAAAUGCGUUUGUUAUGGAUGAUCGUUUCGUAUGUAUUGUUAAAACGUCGUGCUUCGAGUGCUUGAAAUUACCUCAAUGUUCUUGGUGCCCGACGGAAAACAAAUGCUUCUCGAGGAAACUGCCAAAGUUUGAAGAGUUCUGCUCCAAUAAUACCAUUGCUCAUGUAGAUUACGGCUUUAGUUUCGAGGAGAAUGCGGAGUGUUCCUGCAGCAAGGGCGAUGUGGGUCAGAGAUGCUACCCGCCGGGCGUCACCGAGGGCCCCGAGUGCUCCGGCCGAGGCACCUGUGUGUGUGGCCAGUGCGUCUGUAACCCCAACCCUGAUCCCGAUAACCCUACCAAGAUGGUGAUGGGUGAAUACUGCGAGUACGACAACUUCUCUUGUGAUGACCCCAAAUGCAAUGAAGGACCAUAUUCACUGAACGAUCCACAUGCUGAGGACUGGCCUAGAUCCAUAAAAAUUGACGAAGUUGACAGCCCAGUGUCAUAAUGGUUCAAGUGAAUUCGACAAAUCAUCUGUUUAUUUUAACCAAAAUAUUUGUAGCUUAAAUUAAGUAGGUACUUAAUAGAUUAAUAUGUACUAAUCAAACAUACAUGAAGGAAGGGUACCUAACUAUAGAUGUAAUAAGACUCGUAGCAAUCGAUAAUCGUGUGGACUGUCAUAUCGCUUCCAUUGCGAAAUCUUGAAUGAUGUUUACAAAUAUAAUUGACAUCAACGCAAUAUAUUGUGUAAAUAAAUAAUAAUGCAUA